UGCUGGCUUAUUGUUGGCUAUUAGCCCUUGGAUCUUCCGUAUGAUCCGUACGUACGCGUCAGCAAGAAAGAUCCAAUCAAUCACAACCAUCAACAGAGGCCACAACCGCAACCUGAAGGUGUCAGGGUAGGUAUCAUUGGCAACUCCGACAGUAACUGGCUUGUGGGUGUGCAUUGUCUGGUAGAAUCGCUUCUCACAAGUUGCCUUGAAUCAUUGUUAUUACUCUACCAUCAUUCGUCUUGUCCCCUUCUCUUUUGGAAAAAACAAAGGAACGAUGCAAAUUCUGCCUUCAACGACUGCAAUUGUCAUGGCUUCCUUCCUAGCAAUUUCCAGUCGUCACAUUGUCGGGGCCUUCUCGUCCCGUGCAGCUUUUGCGAAAACUGUUGCUUCCUCGUCUACGGCUCGUUUCAUGUCGGCAGGACCGUUUCCCUACGAUGAGAAGCUGAUGCCCUUUUAUGCACUGGGAACGAACUUGGCCAUGCAAGUAGGAGGCCAAGGCAAUCUGAAAACGCUCUUGGAUGAAUCCGAAAUGGAUAUUGUUCUGCAAGCCUUUUGUGAAACUCUCAAGGGGACAGCCACUCAAGACCCUCGAACAAUUCUUGGUACCUUCGGACCUCAACUGAACCAGCUAUUGCAAGAGAGGACGUCUCAGAUUGUUGAACGCGUCAAGACAGAUGGACAGGAUUUUAUCGCAAAUUUUUGCGAUUGCAACCCCGAAGCUGUCAAGACAGACUCUGGAUUGGUGUACUACGAAAUGACUGGGGGAGGAGGUGCUCAACCAUCUCCCACGAGCACCGUCGAGGUUCAUUAUCAUGGAACUUUGACUGAUGGCACUGUUUUUGACAGCUCGGUGGAAAGAGGACAGACUAUUUCCUUCCCACUCAAUGGGGUCAUUAAGGGCUGGCAGGAAGGUCUGGCAAUGAUGAAAGAAGGUGGAAAGGCUACCUUGGUCAUUCCAUCGGACUUGGCAUACGGCGAUGCCGGAUCAGGAGAAACCAUCCCUCCCGGAGCCACUCUCAAGUUUGAAGUGGAACUUUUCAAGGUCUCCUAAAUUUCUGCACUGAUUUCGAUGUAGCUAUUUGCUACCGGUAGCUAGUUAUUAAGGCGCUCGGUUAUCGCAGAACUGACCCUCAUCAGAAUUGAUUUGCUUUUAAAAAAAAGGCUCCCUUACUGCAGGAACACCGAACAAAAUAGCUGAUGGUCCUAGCCCGAUGCCUGCCAAGUACGGACAAGCAAUUAAUUUAGGAUUGGAAUCUAUCUAUUGC